AUGAUGAGCAACUACCCAGACGGCGAGGAGGACACGGUGGCGCUGCUGGCGCAUGACACCGGCGGCAGCAAGGAGCCGGAUCGGGGCAAGGAGGAGCUGAGCGCGGACAAGGGCCCCGAGAAGCCGGACCCCUCGCAGAAGCCCCCCUAUUCCUACGUGGCCCUGAUCGCCAUGGCCAUUCGGGAGAGUGCGGAGAAGAGGCUUACGCUGUCUGGGAUCUACCAGUACAUCAUCAGCAAGUUUCCUUUCUACGAGAAGAACAAGAAAGGCUGGCAGAACAGCAUCCGCCACAACCUCAGCCUCAACGAGUGCUUCAUCAAGGUGCCCCGGGAGGGCGGCGGCGAGCGCAAGGGCAACUACUGGACCCUGGACCCCGCCUGCGAGGACAUGUUCGAGAAGGGCAACUACCGCAGAAGACGAAGGAUGAAACGGCCUUUCCGGCCCCCUCCGACCCACUUCCAGCCGGGCAAGACCCUCUUCAGCCCCGACAGCUACGGCUACCUGUCCCCGCCCAAGUACUUGCAGUCCACCUUCAUGAACAACUCGUGGCCGCUGGCGCAGCCCCCCGCGCCCAUGCCCUACACGUCCUGCCAGAUGUCUGGUGGGAACGUCAGCCCCGUCAAUGUGAAAGGACUCUCGGGCCCGGCGUCCUACAGCCCCUACUCGCGGGUGCAGAGCAUGGCGCUGCCCAGCAUGGUGAACUCCUACAACGGCGUGGGCCACCACCACCACCACCACCCGCACGCCCACCACCCCCAGCAGCUCAGCCCGGCCAGCUCCGCGCCGCCUGCGGCCCCGGCGGCAAACGGAGCCGGCCUCCAGUUUGCCUGCGCCCGCCAGCCCGCCGAGCUGUCCAUGAUGCACUGUUCUUACUGGGAGCACGACAGCAAACACAGCGCCCUGCACUCCCGCAUAGACAUCUAGGGAGGCUCCGGCCAGCGCCGUCACAGCAAUGCACCGGCCCCGCUGCCCCUCUGCUACCCCGCCGCGUUCCACUGCGCUCCGCGUCUCUCCUCCUCGUCUCUAGUCACGGACUUCCCUCUCCCUGUGCCCAAACUCUCGCGGUGGGGAAAUAGCAGCUUUGCCCCGCGCGUAGUGUCAGUGUAGGACCGUCCCUCCAUGAGAAGAAAGCAGUGUAAGUGUGGGGUUCCCCGCGGGGCUGCGCCGGGCAGCGGCGGCCGGGCCGCCUCUCCAGGCGAGCGGGGAUUCACCGGGAGUUUCUCUGCUCUGUGUGUGUUUGUGAGUUGUUGGGUUCGGCGGGGUUUUUUUG